GUCCUUUUUUCUUUUUUGUUCCUCCCUUCCUUUCUUCCCAUCCAUCAUGCAGAGCCGCCAUUCGGUCGUCGCCCUGCUGGUCCUUCUGCUGGGCACCUGCGCUUUGGGCGCCAAGCUCGAGCAAGUGCACAUUGCGUUUGGCGACACCCCCAGCGCCAUGACUGUGAUGGCAGCGAGCGAUGCAAUGCCCGCCGCAGCGACCGUCCUGUACGGCACGAGCGCCACAGCGUUGAACAUGAACCAGCCUGCGUCCGACGUCCGCUUCUUUACUGCCGGCAAUGAGCUGGGUCUGCAGUACCACCUCGUCUUUAAGCUUCAGAAACUCGUUCCGGAUACGCUGUACUUUUACCAAGUCCGCACCGACACGAACGCGACCGCCGUCUUCCACUUUGUGGCGCAGAACGACAAUCUCGACCACCCUGCCAACUUCCUCGUCUACGGCGACUUUGGUCUGCCGAAGGGAGGAUUCACCCUGCCGCGGUUGGUGGCCGAGACCAAGACGGGCAAGUUCGAUGCUGCCAUUCAUGUCGGCGAUUUCGCAUACGACAUGUUUGACCACAAUGGCACUCGCGGCGACAAUUUCAUGAACCAAGUUCAGCAGUAUGCUGCUUACCUGCCCCUCAUGACUGCCGUUGGCAACCACGAGACUGCGUUCAACUUUAGCCAUUACCGCAACCGCUUUGCCAUGCCCGGCAAUGGCGCUGCGUCCGACAACAUGUACUUUAGCUGGGACAUGGGCCGCGCUCACUUUAUCGCCUAUUCCUCCGAGGUCUUCUUCACCAACGGCCCUGUGCAAGACCAGUACAACUUUUUGAAGCAAGAUCUGAUUGCCGCCAACGCCAACCGCGCUGAACGCCCUUGGAUUAUUGCCUACGGUCACCAGCCCUUCUACUGCUCAAACCUUGAUCACGAUGACUGCACAACCUCUCGCUCGGUCGUUCGUGCUGGCCUCGAGGAUCUCUUCUUUGAGUACGGCGUUGAUCUGGUCAUCGAGGCUCACGAGCACUCGUAUGAACGCCUUUGGCCCGUCUACAACGAGACCGUCACCCAGCACGACUACAUCAACCCGCGCGCCCCGGUUCACAUCAUCGCUGGUGUCGCCGGCUGCAACGAGGGCGAGACGACGUGCAUCAACCCCAUCCUUGGCUCCAAGGGCCCGUGGUCUGCCUUCCGCACCGCGUUCUUGGGCGCAUAUGGCUACGGUCGUCUCGAAAUCACCAAUUCGACCCACCUGCACUGGGAGCAGGUGCUUGACAUUACUCGCACCGAUCUCGACCAGAUGGUUAUUGUUCAAGAAAACCACGGCCCGUACAAGCCCUUGUAAAAGGGUGUUGAAAGCCUGGAUUUUAGGGUGUACACGAAAACCUUGACCAACCGACUUUCCCGUGUGUAGUGGUGGAAGGAAAAAAUGCGUGCUGUGCACUUUGUUCCAACAAAGUAGAAUGAUGAUUGUUUAUGAUUGAAACGAAGGGCGCUUGUUCAAAACCACAACCCACAACCCCCU